AUGUCGAACCCUGCCGAAAUAACCCCUAAGAAUAAGAUCGGGGAGAACGAUCUGGAAGUCUUGGGCAAGGUGGACUCGCUUACAAAGAUAUCUUCAACCAAUACUGUGGCUCACGACGCCGUGUUCGGUCCCAUUACCGAAGAUGGGCCAAAUUAUCGUAAUGUUGGAUGGAUUGGAACUUCAGUCUUGAUGAUGAAGACCCAAAUCGGCCUAGGUGUCUUGUCGAUCCCGGCUGCCUUCAACGUCUUAGGUCUCAUCCCCGGCGUUUUAUGCCUUCUGGCUAUAGCCAUUAUCACCACCUGGUCCAACUACAUGGUUGGUGCCUUUAAGCUAAAACACCCCGAGGUCUACGGAAUCGACGACGCGAGUAGAAUCAUGUUCGGUGUGGUUGGGCGUGAGAUUCUUUCGGCGGGAUUCUCCCUAUACCUAAUCUUUGCUGCUGGAUCUGGAAUGCUUGGCAUCUCUAUUGGCUUCAAUUCCAUCUCGACUCACGGAACUUGUACUGCCGCGUUUGUUGCUGUGGCUGCCGUCGGAGUCAUGGCCCUCGCGAGUAUCCGAACUCUUGAUCGCCUCAGUUGGAUUGCAUGGGUUGGUUUAGUCUCAAUCCUUGUCGCCAUAUUUAUCGUCACCAUUGGUGUUGGCGUCCAAGACCGCCCUGAUGACGCCCCUCCAGGUCCAUGGUCUUCAGACUAUAAACUAGUCGGCCAUCCAAGCUUUACAGCAGCUGCCUCGGCGAUUCCGAUGUUCGUGCUAUCCUACGCCGGCACGCCCUUCUUCUUCCCGAUCGUCUCCGAGAUGCGCAACCCUCGACACUAUACCAAGGCAUUGAUCCUUUGCCAAGUCGUUGUGACUAUCACGUUGAUCAAGAAGAUUGCGUAUGGUAUCGCGCUCCCGGGGUUGUUUGCUAGCUCAACUCUUGCUAUACAUCUUGUGAGCAAGCACUUCUUCAUUCGGUUUCUACGGGGCUCUCAGCAUCUCGUUGCCAACACGAUGACACAUUGGGGCACUUGGCUCAGCUGCAUUUUCACUUGUGCUACCAUCGCUUACUGUAUCGCGAGCGGAAUCCCAGUGUUUGGUCCCCUCAUUGGUUUCAUCGGAGCUCUACUCGGUACACUACAGUGUUUCCAGCCCAUGGGCUGCAUGUGGCUCUAUGACAACUGGGCUGCAGGAAAGGAGAGCGGACGGUCUACCCGGUGGGCUCUGAUGGUAUGCUGGAGUCUUUUUGUCAUCAUAUCCGGCACUUUCUUGAUGAUUGCAGGCACAUACGGCUCCGUCCUGGAAAUCAUUGCCGCGCUCAAGGCUAAGGGGGCUUCAGGUCCUUGGUCUUGCCUUGACAACUCGAAUUCUGUUUAA